GCGUAUUCAUCCGCGCACACACAUAGCGAUCGACAUCGCGCAGUUUAUCUGCCUCACCAGCUCUGGUUUCCCCACGUUCAGCCUUACCCCCGUCAAUUGCCGCCAUGUUUUUUUGAGGCAGGAUGACAGCAGAGCGAGCGCAGACGAAGACGGAUAUAAGACUGAAAAAAUCCGUCGAAUUACAGCAUUUUUUCUAACAGGCGACGGUCUAUUUUUUAUUGCGGACUCGCGAGGAACUCAUUUCUCGGUAUUUUUGCAAAUACCAAUGGCUGAAUUGUAAGUGUUUUGUUUUCCUAUGGCGUAGGAACAUUUUUCCUAACAUAUAUCUUUUUUUAUUUCUGUAUGGGAGGGUGUCCUCCCACAGAAAUAUAAAAUCCAGAAAUCAGUGUUUUCUCCGUUUUGAAGUUUUAUGCCAUGAAAAAGCAAGAAGUCUGAAGCCUGACUGAGGAAGAACAACAUAUAAUUCCUGCCUGCGCUUAACUACCUCUCUCUACCAGCGAACCUACAGGAAUAACCAGACGAGUGAUCUCUGCAUGAGCAGCUGCUUUAACACAAGCCACCUGCUGUUACUUAAGCAAGUUGAAAGAAGGAAAACAACUUUUAAUCAAAAGUGAGGAUACGACAGAACGUUUAAAGAUGACGGGAAACAUCCCAGUUGACAUGAUCAACUUGAGACUCAUCUUGGUGAGUGGAAAGACAAAAGAGUUCCUGUUCUCACCAAACGACUCCGCGGCCGACAUCGCCAAGCAUGUGUACGACAACUGGCCAAUGGACUGGGAAGAGGAGCAAGUGAGCAGUCCUAACAUCCUGCGCCUCAUCUACCAGGGCCGAUUCCUACAUGGAAAUGUGACGCUAGGAGCUUUAAAACUGCCUUUCGGAAAAACCACAGUGAUGCAUUUAGUUGCCAGAGAGACGCUGCCUGAGCCAAAUUCCCAAGGUCAGAGGAACCGGGAAAAGACUGGAGAGAGCAACUGUUGUGUGAUCCUGUAAAUACAUCCCUUCAUCCCUCUGAACGAGUGUGUCCUGUCACCCUUCGCCCAUGCUGCUUAAAUACAUCUAAUCACACCAGACAUCCACGAGCAAGAGAUUCACUUCACCUGGAAAGGAAAGAAUCACCUGAUAGAGAGGGCGAGACACGGAUCAGAGAACAUUUUGGCUUUGCAUAGACUAUAUUUGAGGCAAAAUAAAAUACAUCACACACACACACACACACACACACAUUUCCACCUUUUCUAACACCUUCACACACAUCCAUCAACUCAGCAGACCUGUAACUCAUUCUCACACACACACACACACACACACACACACACACACACACACACACACGUUUGUUUUUGUGAAAAGUGGGUUCAUCCCAUAGGCGUAAUG